CGAGUUGCUGGCAAACAUCAAUGGUCUGAGCAUUCUGUCGUGCAAGCUUAUGAGUGAUGACGGGGAAUUCUAUUUGAUCGCUACGAGCACUGUCAGCGCCUGACGCAACGCAAAUUUAUUUUCGAGGAAACAGACAAUGGCUCCCAAUAAAAGGGGCGGGCCGCCCAGCGAGGAGACGUUAGCAAAGCUCAAGGGCAAGAAGGGGCAAUCGUCGGCCCCGCCGCCGGCCUCCAAGCAAAAGCAGGCGCCCGCCAAUGGCGAGGCGGCGGCGGCGGCGGAGCCGUGUGACUUCGCCAGCGGGGGCAUGAUCUCGAAGGAGGAGGUGGAGGCGCGCGGCGCCGGCACCGACGACCCUGGCGACACAUACUCCCGGGCUCGCUUCGCCUGGUCCGAGUGGCGUGUGUUCUUCACAGGCCUCAUGUUCCUGACGCGGCUGCCUGUGCCGCCCGGCAUCGACCACCACCCGGCCUUCCUGGUCCGGUCCAUGAUGUGGUUCCCGCUGUUGGGCGCCCUCAUCGGCGGCUGGGGCGCCGUGUUCUUCAACGCCGCCGCCGCGCUGUGGCCGCCCGCCGCCGCCGGCUCGCUGCUGCCCGCCGCCAUCUCCACCUUCAGCACCGUGUGGCUGACGGGCUGCUUCCACGAGGACGGACUGGCAGACACAUUCGAUGGCUUCGGCGGCGGCUGGGGCCGCAACCAGAUCCUGCGCAUCAUGAAGGACAGCCGCGUGGGCACCUACGCCCUUGUGGGCACCGCGUUGGCGCUGCAGCUCAAGACGUCGGGGCUAGCGGCCAUCGCGGCGGCGGCGCCGGAGGCGGGCGGCGGCGUGGCGGGCGUGGCGGCGGCGCUGGUGGCUGCGCACGCGGCGUCGCGGUGGACGUCCAUGGUGCUGAUCUAUGUGUGCGAGUACGUGCAGGAUGACGAGGAUGCCAAGCGCGGCAUGUACAACUGGUUCGCCCAGAGCACGCGGCUGCUGACGGCGCCGCGCCUGGCGCUGGGCACCCUGCAGGCCUUAGUCAUACCGCUGCUGGCGCUGGGGCCGGCCCGCGCCGCCAUUGUGUACGCCGUGACGGCGGCGGUCACAGUCGCCAGCGGGCUGUACGGCAACGCGGUGCUGGGCGGCGUGAUCGGUGACUACCUGGGCGCAACCAUCCAGGUGGCGGAGAUCCUGGUGUACUGCGCGCUGUCGGCGGACUGGUCGCGUGUGGCCGGCAGCUGGGAGGGCGCGGCGCCGCUGCUGCUGCUGGCGGCCGUGGCAGCGCUGCCCGUCAUCUACUGCCGGCGCAUCGUGGACUGGGGCAGCUGCUGAUGCGCGGGCAGCGGUGAGCGGUGGGGAGUGCGUGGUGGUGGUGUUGGGAGGGGGGGAGCGGAGUGGAGGGGGUUUAGUCGGUUCCAAGGCCAAAGGAACCAUGGCCCUGAACCCGAAACCAGCCACCAAAGCGCGGGGCCGUGUAGGAGGGGUGGCCUUAGCCCUUGUAAUUUCCAUUUAAGGGUGUGUGUAGGGGCCGGCGUGUGUGUGCAUGUGUGUGUGUGCGUUUUGGUGGGUAUGCGGGGCAAGACGAGUAUUAGCGUGCACCGCUGGCAGCGUUUGACAUUGUACCUAGAGAGAUCAGCGGCAUCACUGCUGGGGUUGCUCUUGACAGCACACUGUGUCUCCAACUCUCUGCUGCUGCCCGAAUGUCAAUCGCUCGGUGGCAGGUUGGAGAUGUGUAUGGUUGGGCCCCUUGCGCCGCGCACUGUUGCUCAUGCGUGCGGCACUGGUGUGAUGUGAGCCCUGGUGAGCCCGGCUGACCUGGGGGAGGUGACACGUGAUCGCAACUGCUGUUGGAUGGAUGAAAUUGAGUAACGUAUUCGGGGCACUUUGCUCGGUUUGCUGGGCAGAGUGCAGGUAUUUAUGCAACAGAAAGGUGGCCUGGUGCUGACGACACUACUUCUCAGAUGAGUGAUAGGGCAGGGAGCGAGUCGCAAAACGCGCAGACCCGUUUGCCAGGGGGCAGGUAGCCUGCCUUCGCCGAGCUCUGCGUGACCAGGACACCUCGUCUGGUGACGUGUGUGUGGCACAGGCAACUGGUUCGUGACAGGCAAGGCGACGGGCAUCGUGCGCUUGAGCGUGCAUAGGGUUUGGGAUGCAAGUGUGAGAUGCAGGUUUUGCUACCUCUUGUGCCCAUGCGUACCAGUGGAAAGGAUAGCUGCGUAGAGUACAUGGCUUGUCUCAAAGGAGUUGAAACUUGGGGCUAUGAUCCAGCGGUUUUAUUUUCGGCCGAGCUGCAGGAUGGAUGGGGCGCUCAUAGAUAAGCAAUUUAGCGCACUUUCAGCACGAGGAGAGCGCGCGUUACCGUUGAGGUGCGCCUCCUGGCACUGUGACGCGGCAUCUGCCAUGCCCAAGUGGUGGCGGGGGCAGGUAGGCGGGCGAACGACGUGCCAAUACUGGCCUCACUGAUGUUGUGAAGACUAUGUGAGCUGAUGGUAAUCCAUUGCGGCCAAGGCUUGGUGUGGGUGGUUGGGGGCCAAGCCCGCCGCCGCCCAGAGUCUGUUGAUCCCGAGAUGUUUCACAGGAUUCCGGGAGAAACUCAACUAAUAACAUUAUCCGGUACACAACCCCGAAUAUCAUAUGGACAAGGAGACGAGCGCACGCCCCCGCAGUCCAUGAGUUGUUGAGUCGGAGGUCGGCCGUGGAGACACGCACGGACAUGUGGUACAUGGCGCGGAGAAGAUGCGGCUCCUGAGGUACACAACUCUAGAGCUCGCCAAGAGCAGUCGGUUGACAUCGACCUGGUUAGAAACUAUGGGGGUUUAAGUGGGUUUCGAGGGGGUGCACGGUGGGGUAUGGGGCGCGGAUCGGCCGGUCGUUCCGGAGCGGGGUCGGGGCGAAGGUUUUGGGCAUGGGGUGGGAACUUGUGUUCGUACCCCGCGGUCAUCACAUAUGUACAUGAACAUUAAACAAUACGGUUC